AUGACGUCGGAGGCUUCGAAGGUUAUCAUCUUUGAGGUCUUCAACGUGUUCGUCCCGCCCAUCUGGAUGGCCUUUGUCAUUUCUGACUUCAACCGCUUGAGCCGAGAGGUCACAGUUAUGUUCACCACUAGGCAGGUGGUGUCAGCACUCACUGAAGCGGUCCCUACUUUGCUGGCGCGGCUGAUGACGAAAAGGAAGCACUUGGCGCCACUCACAGCAGCAGCCCAGCACGAGCUCCCAGAGUGGGGACUUUGGCGUGAAUACUUAGAGAUGGCCAUCCAACUAGCUCAACUGGUUGCAUUCGGUCCUCUUUUCCCGAUUGCAUUCAUUCUCGCAUAUAUGAACAAUCUGGUGGAGUUCAGUCUUGAUGCUAUCAAGCUGAAUUCGAGUAGAAGACCGUAUCCACGAAAAGAGGCCAUGGGCUCCUUCUGGGCCAACGUGUUCAACGGUAUGGUCCUGUUUGGUGCAUCAAUCAACGUAUUCAUCCUCAUCGUCCAUUGUGAUACUCUUGCGGCGCUGGAUGCUUCCAUGGUUCACCGUCUAGGUGCGGGUAUAAUCCUGGAGAAGUUCUUCGUCGUUGUUCGCGUAUUCGUAGCAAUUGCCAUCCCCAAGCCCAACGAAUGGCAAGAAGAAGAGAGAGCUCCUUUGGCCGAGUCUACUGAGCUGGCUGAGAUUGUCGCGAGAGCUUCCGCCCAUCUAGAGAUCCCCUUCCCCGAUGUAGACCAGAAGGAUGCGACUCUUAUCAAUACAAUUGACUCGGACAUAGACACUCUCAUUUCUAGGAUGGCAGUUCUUCGCAACCGCAAGAGUUCCAGCAGUCGAAUGAGUUCACUUCGUGCAUUGCAAAAUCACUCGACAGAUUAA